UCUUCUCUCUCGGUUCUGAGGUGCUCGGUUCUUCCGACUGAAGCUAAGGCCCGCGUGACAGCCGGCGACUAGCACCGAAGCUCCGCUCCCGACCCCAGGAAACUGACCGUAAACCAUGACGGCCGCUUCCGAGCUCGCCUGUAUCUACAGCGCCCUCAUCCUGCACGACGACGAGGUCACCGUCACCGAAGACAAGAUCAAUGCCCUCAUCAAAGCAGCUGGAAUAACUAUUGAGCCUUUCUGGCCAAAUCUAUUUGCUAAGGCACUUGCAAAUGUCAACAUCAGCAGUUUGAUCUGUAACGUUGGUGCUGGUGGUGGUGCUGCUCCUAGUGCUGCUGGUCAGGCUGCUGCUGCCCCGGCUGCUGCUGAGGAGAAAAAGGAAGAGAAGAAGGAAGAGGAAUCUGAAGAGUCAGACAACGACAUGGGUUUUGGUCUCUUUGAUGACUAAGUGUGCCAUGAAACAUUUUCUAUGGGUACAAUAAAAACAGGAAUCUAUUUG